GCUCGGCUGGACUCUGAGGACGCACAAGCCACUGUAUCCAAAAACCUCUGGAUUUUUAUAUGCUGAAGUAGGCCGUGUGCCGACCAAUUUGCAUAAUAGCGGAACAUAAAGGCAUGCGCUCCAGUCUUGUGCCCAUUGUCGCUGGAUGGGUUUAUAUUGGCUGCUGGAGCCUGCCUCCCUCAAAACAUGUCACCACCCUGCUCCCACGGCUAACAAUCAGGGCCUGUUUGCAGACCUGAAGCGGUCUAGUCUGGUCUUCACUUGGGAAAAUAUCUCUGGCUUUGAUAUGUGCACAAGAGACAAGCCAAUGUGAGCUCAGCUGCCGUCCGGCUCUGUCGUUUUGACUUGGCAACUGUUUCGCGGCCCUCCGUGCACCGCUCAGAUCUCCGUCCAGUCACGUCUGUGUUCAGAGAGAGUCCUGUCUGCCUGCCAUCAGUCAGUUUUCUCCUGUGUUGGUGUAUUCUGAUGGAUCAGUAUGUCUACCACUAAUAAUAUCGCCCAGGCCCGGAAACUGGUGGAACAGCUGAGGAUUGAGGCAGGGAUUGAACGCAUUAAGGUGUCUAAAGCAGCAGCAGACCUGAUGAGUUACUGUGAGCAGCACGCUCGUAGCGACCCUCUGCUGGUCGGGGUUCCCACCUCCGAAAACCCUUUCAAGGACAAGAAGCCCUGCAUCAUCCUAUAGCCGCGCUGCGCUCCUCUUGCCAUCACACACACACUUACACACAUGCACAUACAGACACACAUGAGUGCACACAUUCAGUAUUUAAAUUGAUCCCCAGACACACACACACACAUGCAAACACACACUUCAAGCAGCCCAUCUAGCCGACACACACACUCUUACAAACACUCCCAAAAUAGCCACUCUGGAAAAGCGCCAUACCCCGGAGCCACAGCUAAGGGGCAGGUAUCUUCUGUUCACAGUGGCUGAGAUCAGUAUAUCACUGAGUAUGAUCCAAGGUGCUUUGGUAAUAUUCAUAUAUGCUGGUAAAUUAACUACAGCUUAACUUGAAAAGGGAUUUGGACAUUAAUAAUCAGUAGGAAACCAGGAUUUCUUUUUCCUUUUGUCAUGAAAUGAGGGGUUGGGUAAAGGAUGGACAGCAGUGCCAUAGGCAAGGAGUGGGAGGAUGCAUGUGGGCAACACAAAUGGGCGGUAGGCGCUCCUGCCGACCGUGCCAAACACGACCUGGUGUCCCAUUAAAAGCUCAAUAAAAGCUUUUUUUUUUCUUGUGGGUGUAUUAAAAGGUCUCAGAGCUUUGCCCACGAACCUGCCUGUGCUAAAACAUGGCGGGUAUUUUUGGAGCGAAAGCCUUUGCCUAUAUCGGGCUAGCAUGUUCCCACCCAAACCUGUAUCAACAGACCUUCUCUGCCUGUGGCCUCACUGCGGCCGUCUGCAGCCUUUGGCCAAACCUCCAGCCGUGCCAAUCUGUACAGAGAGUCGUCUCUAGAUGCUGAUCUGCUGUCACCGAUUCCACUGCAGUUCAUUAUGGCUGUAGUUGGCUGAAAUCGAUGUCUAGGCUGACCUCAGAUCUGCACCUAUGAGGGGAACAUAGUGAACUGCUCUACACAGAACUCAAGCUAUUAACCCUGGACGUUUACUGCAUUUUUCUUAAGAAAUACUUGUUUGUGAACUGUAUGUUUUGAUAUUUUGUUGAAGCAUUACUUAACAGAUAAGAUAAUACUUUUUUUUAUUGUUUUGCUUUGACAUAGGUGUUGCCCCUGGCUGAUCGGGUUUCUCUUCGCGUUAAAUGCUAGUAUUAAUGAAACGACAGGAGAUCUAGUUGUAAGCCAGGGGUAAUACCUAACCAGAUACCUGCUAGGAUCUUAAACAAAAAGUUUCUACUGUACAUCAAGCCUCCCUGUGCUUUACCCUGAGAGAGGGCGAGGUCGCAGACUCAACCACACCCAAGAAUCAGUCUGCAAGGACUGCAAGGCUGGAGGAGAAAAUCUUUUCAAUUGGCAGUUUUUAUAAGGUAAAGGGACGAGAUGUAUUGCACUGGAUAGUGCAAAGAUGGAGGUGCUUGUUUUUGUUUUCCUCUACAGUAAAAAAGGGGGAUAUGUUCUGUUUUAACGCAUAACAAUUCUGGCUUUAAAUCGGAUUAGAAUAACCAGCUUCACCAGUCAGGUUUCCAGCCUCCCCCUGCAGAAGAGCUUGCUUUAAUGUGAGCUCAGACUGGUCAGGGAGUGGAACCGCAGUCCGCUCUCGGCUUCCUCUUCCCUCGUCUCCUCCACGAUGCUCCUCCUCUCUGACAAACCAAACUUGAUUGUAAAAGCUGAAGAUGAAGUGAAAAAAAAAUGAAGUCAAGAGAAACAAACUAAGUGUAUAAACUUUCUUUCAGACGUGCAGAAGUGAUAAGUUGAAGAGUAGCUGUUUUGGGUUUAUUUUUUGAGUUUCUUCUUUCUAUGGAGUCCAUGGAACCUGGUCAGUUGAGUAUUACCCUGUACAGUGUUUGUAAGAUACAAAAUCUAAACACAGAAUUCCCUUCUGUGGGUGUUGGAUUUUUUUAGUACUACUUAUUCUGUUUCGUCAGUCAGGAUCAUGUCUGUCUUCAUUUCUUACUUUUAUUAUUAUUGUUUUUUUUGUCAUUCAGGUUUUAGAGGCUUACGAUAAGGGAGGAUGGUUUUAACCACCGAUACAAACACCUGAUAGAAACAAAAGCCCUGUUAGGUUUGGGAUCGUAUCCUGUUAGAGGAUGAAUCAACAUCGGACCUCAUUCCAGUGGCAAAAACCAACCUCCUGAUCUAUCCUUUAACACCAGAGCAGCCCCCAGUUUUUUGGUGGGCGACAGGCAACUAGGACAACACACACAUAACACACACACACACACACACACUCUCUCUCACAGCUGUUUUAAGUUUGACUGUCAGAGGUCAAAGGUUUAAGGAGUGGCCUUAAGGAGUGCUUGUGAUGGUUAAUUGCUGAAAGAAGGAAGCUUUGUGACAUCAUAUUUACAUUUGAGCAUUUAGGCAAGGCUUUUGUCAGGAUUAACGCACAGUGGCAGGGCAGGGUGGAGUCUGUUAGACAGGACUUAUGGCUGCUGAUGGACUGUUGAGGAGUUGAACCCACUGCUUCUCUGUUCACUAAUCACUAGGUCAAUAUGUGAUACCUGGUGCACUGACUCCUGGGAGUCAGGAGGGCUUUUCUUGGAAGUCGUGAGAGGUGAGCAGUUGUUUGGUGUGUGCACAGUUUAAAGAGCAGACGGUCCACUGGGGACGCCAGGCAAAAAUACCUGCGUUGAAUUUAGUCCUGGAUGUGUGCAAAAUUUAAACCCUUUACGAAUUUGUGAACUUGUCUUUAAAGGAACAGUUCGACAAUUUAGGUACGCUUAUUUGCUUAUUUGCCAAGAGUUAAGUGAGAAGAUUGAUACCAGUGUCACUGUGAACUCCCAUUUUGAAGCCUUGAGUUUGGCAUUUUGGCCGUCACCAUCUUGGAUUUUUGGAGCCACAAGUGACUCAAGGUGACAUGGAUGAAUUUAAAUGGGUGAGUUAUAUAAAAAUACACCCUCCGUCAGUUGUCCUGAAUGGGGAGCUAUUGAGACCAAAUUGUACCAGGCUGUAAACAUGUUCAUUUCUGCUGUGAAGUUGGGCAUUUUAACAUGGGGGUCCAUGAGGAUGUGCUCGCUUUUGAAACCAGCCUGAAGUGGCACUUCUGCGUUGGCUUCAUUUUCAGCUCCGGAGGUUGCCGUUGCUGGACACAGUGGGAGACAGCUAGCCUGGCUCUGUCCACAUGUAUCAAAACCUCUAAAGUUCAUCAAAUUAACACGUUAUAUUUAAUUUGUUUAUUCAAAGUAGUGGUUUUCGGGUAAGGUUAAACUUUAGAGGCACCGAUUGGACACAGCUAGGCUUUAUAUUUCCCUGUUUCCAGCCCUUAUGCUAAGCUAAGCUAACAGGCUGCCAGUCUUGGAACCCAUUGGCUAUCGGUGUGACGAUGAUAAGAGUCUUGGGGCAACGGCCGAUAUUUUUGGAGAGCAAGUAAACAUCCGAGCCAAGAUUUGCUCUUCAUGUGCCCUCAUCAGUAAACGGAUAUGUUCAUAUUAAUGCAGAUGUAAGCCUGUUUAUCCUAAUAAAGCUAAUACAAAGCUAAAUUGUCAUCAGACGUCAGCCAGUGGGUUUCUGAGAUUGCAUUUUAGUCAACAUGUUUCGCCUCUCUACACCGACUGUUUACCUGCUGCUUAAACGUUAUUGGUCUAUGCUACUGUACGUCAAACGGAAACUAGAACACUUCCGAUGCCAAAAUCUUGUCCACUAUGCUACAGAUUCUGCAUACAUAUGCUGAUAUAUGUGAUGAGAGAUUAAGGCUGUAUGAGAUUAAGGCUUCUGGCUGUAGCUUCAUAUUUGCCCUACAGAUUUGAAAGUGAUAUUGAUCGCCUCAUUUAACUCUCAGCAAUAAAGCAAAUAAGUGUAUGCUUUAAAACUAUUAUUAUUUCUUAAAAAAAAUACAACUUUGCAAUUCAAAUCAAGGCUAAAUUGCUAAUUAACAUCACUGCUUGCUCACUGUAGGCGAUGGUUCCUGCUACAAAGCCCUGUUUCAUUUCUCAUUUGCCUUUGUUCCAAACAGAGGCGGUUUCCAAAGUACAGAGCGAGCAGGAGCUGGAGAAAGGCCAGAGAGGGCUGAGGGUGUGUGUGUGUGUGUGUGUGUGUGUGUGUGUGUGUGUGUGUGUGUGUGUGUGUGUGUGUGUGUGUGUGUGUGUGUGUGUGUGUGUGUGCGUGCAUGUGUGUGUGGGUGCCGGGUGCUAGUGUUUGGUGGCUGAAAAGGAUGAUUUGGCAGAGCAGUAGGCGGAGAAGAGAAAAUAGAGGUGCACGUAUGCGAGUGUGUGUGUGUGUGUGUGUGUGUGUGUGUGUGUGUGAGUGCAGACACAGUGUGUAAGAGCACACAGUGCCUCCAGUGUCGCAUAGUAAUGUUACAGUACUGCAGCCCUGCAAUUCCAGGUCAGGGCAAGUCUGACCGGAGGAGAGGUCAUGUGAUGCUGUGUGAGUCAGAGCAGCAUGCAUGGCCUCCACGCACUCCAUCUAUCUGUCAGAUGCUAGCGUGCACAUUCUGCAGAAGAAGGAUUCAGUCACAAGCUCAAAUCGUUCGGUUGACGUGUGGGAAGCUAUUUUUGAUGUGAUGACCAAUAAUAACCCCAAACAACCCACAAAGCUUUUUUCUGUUUAGCUCGAUGUGUGCCUGACUCAGCUACAUUGUACUCGCUGCAGUUUAUUUUCACCACUCAUUAAAGCCUUAGAGACUGAAAGGACUGGUUUGACAUUUCAGAAAAUACGUUAAUUCACUUUUUGCAGAGAGUCAGAGGAGAGGAUCAAUACUACUCUCACAUUUGUCUGCUCAAUAUCAAGCAAAAGCUGGGACCUACUUAGCUGAGUUUAAAGAUCGGAAGCAGGGGGAAGUAGCUAGCCUGGCUCUAUCCAAAGGUAACCUCUAAAGUUCAACAGGUUUAUACAUCUAAAUGACGUCUUGUUUGAAGUUGCUAGGCGACCAGUAGAGGCUUCAUGAAGUCACUGCACCAGGCAAUUUAUAGUUGUUAGCGUUGUCACAAAUGUUAAUGGGAUUUUUGAACGAGGUUGUCUGACUCAUGGAUGUAUAAAGAGAACUGGAUACUGCAUUAGAGGCAGGGCCCAUUCAUUCCUAUAGAAGUUGCUCAGUGGUGCUUGACGCCAAAAAAAUUCGACUUCCUAGAUAACCUACAUCAUUGGGCCGACAGAGCAAGCCACAGAUGUAUAAUAAGGAGUAGAUACCAAACCACAAGAUGGGGCCUAUUCAGUCCAAUAAACUGCUCAACUGGCGCAUGCACCCAGAAGUUUCUAGCUUCCAGGUUUACUUCCACGUUACGCGGCCCACUGAAUAUGCUCAGUAGUGUUUACAUUAUAGACUUUACGUUAUGAUGAUGUCACAGAUUUUUAAAUGGAUUUUUUUUGGAUUUUUUUUUUUUUUUUUUUUGGCUAGCUGUUUUUAUUUAUUUAUUGUCUUUAGGCUAGGCUACGCCAACCAGCUGCUGGCUGUAGCUUCAUAUCUAGUAAACAGGUAUGAUAGUUCAUUAACAUUAUUUCCAAAAUGUCAAACUAUUCCUUUAAAUCCCUUUAUCUAAUUUGUCGAGAUAAUUGAAGAGACAGUUGGACCUGAUUUAGGCUAAAUAAAUGGUGAGCUUUCAUCAAAAGAAACCUGAGUGCAGGCUGCAGUGACAGGUAGGAGAUAAUCUAAGUUUAUUUUCCCCAGAAUUGAGGACAUAACUGAUGCGCUGUUUGUUUUCAGGAAAGGAAAGGUAGGCCCUUGUAAUGUCUUUGCAAGGUGCAGCUAAAGUCAAAGAAGAUUACAAGUGCAGGAGAUUCACACAACAUGAAACAAGCAUGCAUACAUAUCAGCACACACACACACACACACACACACACACUGAUGUUGUCCUGGAGAUGUCUGACAGAUGCUAUUUUAUAUCAUUAUUGUUUUUUCAAUCAUUCCAUCGCUGGUUGGGCUUAAAGAUCAGAGACAACCGGCCUAUAUCGCUGGUGUGGCUGACAGUUUGUCUGAUUGGUUGGUUGUUAGUUUGCCUUAUAGUGGCGUAUAUUGUGUUAAUGCUGGUCUUGGGGCUUAUCAGAUCAACAGAACGAACAGUGUUAAAGUAGAACACACGGCUCGAGAUCGAAAUCCACUGGUGUUGUGACACAAAGCGAGCCUGGGGAAAUUCAUUUCAGGUCAGGUGGGGAGAGUCGAGGCUCCUCACUGGUGGACUUUGAAAUCAAACAUCGCUGAAUCGGCUCUGAGCCCUUCCCGAGACUCAUCUUUUGUGUUCUGAUCUCCUGUGUAUGCAUACAGUAUAUGUAUCUUUUUGCCUUGAUUGAUUAUGAAGAAAAUAUAUCUAUUUUUUGUAACUGUUCUCUGAUGUGCCAUAACUCAUGUUUUCUUGCACACUGUUAAUAUUUUGUGGAUAUUGCUGUUAAAAAGAUGAUAUUGAGAAGUAGAUAACAUUAAU